AUGGCCGAAGUGCGCAAGUUCACCAAGCGUCUCAGCAAGCCGGGCACGGCGGCGGAGCUGCGGCAGAGCGUGUCCGAGGCGGUGCGGGGCUCCGUGGUGCUGGAGAAAACAAAAGUUGUUGAGCCUCUGGACUAUGAGAAUGUUGUUGCCCAAAGGAAGGCCCAGAUUUAUAGUGACCCUCUCCGAGACCUGCUCAUGUUCCCCAUGGAGGAUCUGUCUGUGUCAGUGAUAGCACGUCAGAGAAGAACGGUUGAGUCCACAGUCCCAGAAGAUGCUGAGAGGAAGGCGCAGAGUCUCUUUGUCAAAGAGUGUAUUAAGACAUACAGCUCAGACUGGCAUGUGGUGAGCUACAAGUAUGAAGAUUUCUCUGGUGACUUUCGAAUGUUGCCCUGCAAAUCCUUGAGACCAGAGAAGAUUCCCAGUCACGUAUUUGAGAUUGAUGAAGACUGUGAAAAGGAUGAGGACUCAUCUUCGUUAUGCUCACAGAAGGGUGGAAUGAUUAAACAGGGCUGGUUGUUUAAAGCCAACGUGAACAGUACCAUCACUGUAACCAUGAAGGUAUUCAAGAGAAGGUAUUUUUACUUAACUCACCUUCCUGAUGGUUCAUAUAUUCUUAAUUCCUAUAAAGAUGAGAAGAAUUCAAAGGAAUCUAAAGGUUGCAUCUACCUGGAUGCCUGCAUUGAUGUUGUUCAGUGUCCCAAAAUGCGGCGUCACGCCUUCGAGCUCAAGAUGUUAGACAAGUACAGCCAUUAUCUGGCAGCAGAAACUGAGCAGGACAUGGAAGAGUGGCUGACGACGCUGAAAAAAGUCAUUCAGCUCAAUGCAGACGGCUCCGGGCAAGAGAAGAAAGAGGCCGUGGAGUCCGUGCAAGAAGAUGAAACGAGCAGCCAAGGAAAAUCGGAAAACAUCAUGGAAAGCUUGGAGAGGAGUAUGCACCCUGAGCUGAUGAAGUAUGGAAGAGAAACUGAACAGCUGAACAAGCUUAGCAGAGGAGAUGGGAGACAGAACCUCUUUUCCUUUGAUGCUGACGUGCAGAGGUUGGACUUUUCCGGCAUUGAACCCGACGUAAAGCCAUUUGAAGAAAAGUGUAGCCGCCGUUUUAUAGUGAGCUGCCAUGACGUAACCUUCAACGUCCUGGGCCACGUUGGAGAUGGUGCCCAGGGACCACCCACAAACGUUGAGCCUUUUUUUCUCAACCUUGCCUUGUUUGAUGUGAAAAAUAAUUGCAAGAUUUCGGCUGACUUCCACGUGGACCUUAACCCUCCAUCUGUUCGGGAAAUGUUAUCGGGCCCAUUAGCACAUGUGGACAAUGAUGGCGCUCAAAAGGGAUCUUCAGCUAAGGAGUAUUUUAUUCAUGGGAUUGAGGAAUCUCAGUUACGCUAUAUAAAACAGGGAAUUUUCUCAGUGACAAAUCCCCAUGUUGAAAUUUAUCUUGUUGUUCGGGUAGAGAAGGUGUUACAGGGAAGCAUUGCACAUUGUAUCGAGCCCUACAUCAAGACCUCUGAUCCAGUUAAGACUGCCCAGAAGGUGCAUAAGGCGGCCAGGCAAGUGUGCAGCAGGCUUGGACGGUACCGGAUGCCUUUCGCUUGGGCUGCCAGGCCAGUUUUCAAAGAUACUCAAGGUUCUCUGGAUCUAGAGGGGAGAUUUUCUCCUUUCUAUAAACAAGACAGCAGCAAGCUCUCUAGUGAAGAUAUUCUCAAGUUGCUUUCUGAAUACAAGAAGCCAGAGAAGACCAAGUUACAGAUCAUUCCUGGCCAAUUAAACAUUGUAAUUGAAUGUGUACCACCAGAUUUCUCAAAUUGCGUCACUGCUUCCUAUGUGCCCGUGAAGCCUUUUGUGAAGAAUUCUCAGAAUAUUGCUGUGGAAGUUGAAGAGUUUGUUCCUGAAGUGGCAAAAUAUUGUUAUCCUUUUACAGUUUACAAAAACCACCUGUAUGUGUAUCCUCUGCACUUAAAGUAUGAUAGCCAGAAGACAUUUGCGAAAGCAAGGAACAUUGCUGUCUGUGUGGAAUUCCGGGAUUCAGAUGAAAGUGAUGCUAGUGCUCUGAAGUGUAUUUAUGGCAAACCUGCUGGGCCUGUUUUUGUCACAAAUGCUUUUGCUAUCGUCUCCCACCACAACCAAAAUCCAGAGUUCUAUGAUGAGAUUAAAAUUGAACUUCCCAUUCACCUUCAUCAGAAACAUCAUUUGCUUUUCACUUUUUAUCACAUUAGCUGUGAAAUUAACACAAAGGGAACAGCCAAGAAACAGGACACUGUGGAAACUCCAAUUGGGUUCGCCUGGGUGCCUUUGCUGAAGGACGGCAGAAUAAUCACGUUUGAACAGCAGCUACCAGUCUCAGCCAACCUUCCUCCUGGCUACCUGAGCCCUGGUGAUACAGAAUCCAGAAGGCAAUCAAAUGUUGAUAUUAAGUGGGUAGAUGGUGCAAAGCCUCUGUUAAGGAUUAAAACACACUUAGAAUCGACCAUCUACACUCAGGAUCUGCACGUGCACAAAUUCUUCCGUCAUUGCCAGGCAAUACAGUCUGGCACUAAAGCGGUUCCAGGGGAGCUCAUUAAAUAUUUAAAGUGUUUGCAUGCCAUGGAGAUUCAAGUAAUGAUACAGUUUCUACCUGUAAUUCUUACGCAACUCUUUCGUGUUCUCACAAAUAUGACCCAAGAAGAUGAUGUGGCUAUCAACUGCACCAUGGUUCUCUUACACAUUGUGUCAAAAUGCCAUGAAGAAGGCUUGGAUCAUUACUUAAGAUCCUUUCUAAAGUAUAGUUUUCGGGCUGAGAAACCAGGUGCCCCUCAGGCCCAGAUGACACAUGAAAUUCUGGCCACAGCCAUGACAACAGCGCUAAAGCAGUCUGCAGACUUUUUAGCCAUAAAUAAACUGCUAAAGUACUCCUGGUUUUUCUUCGAAGCUCUGGCCAAGUCCAUGGCCUCAUACUUACUUGAAGAGAACAAAAUUAAGCUUCCCAGAGCCCAGAGAUUUCCCGAGUCCUACCAUCAUGUCCUCCACUCGCUCCUUCUGGCAAUAAUUCCUCAUGUGACUAUUCGAUAUGGGGAGAUACCCGAAGAAUCAAGAAAUGUUAAUUAUAGCUUGGCCAGCUUCCUGAAGCGCUGUCUGACACUGAUGGACAGAGGAUUUGUUUUCAACCUGAUCAAUGACUAUAUGUCUGGCUUCAGCCCCAAAGAUCCCAAGGUUCUGGCUGAGUACAAGUUUGAAUUUCUGCAGACAGUUUGUAAUCAUGAACAUUACAUUCCUCUAAAUUUGCCGAUGGCAUUUGCAAAACCCAAACUUCAGAGAGUUCAAGAUUUUUUUUCAUUUGCUGUGGACCGUUUGACUUCAGUAGAUUCCAACCUGGAAUCCAGUUUAUCAGAUGAGUAUUGCAAACAUCACUUUUUGGUUGGCCUACUUCUGAGGGAAACGUCUGUUGCUCUGCAAGACAACUAUGAGAUCCGCUACUUGGCUAUCACUGUUAUAAAGCAUCUUUUGAUAAAGCAUGCAUUUGAUACUCGAUACCAGCACAAGAACCAACAGGCCAAAAUAGCCCAGCUUUACCUCCCGUUGGUCGGACUGCUUUUGGAGAACAUCCAGCGGUUAGCUGGUCGAGACACGCUGUAUUCUUGCACUGCCGUGCCUGGCUCUGCAUCUAGGGAUGAAUUUGUAUGUGGCUUUUCUUCACCUUCAAAUAGAGGAAGUCUGGUGGCAGAGAAAGAUGCAGCCUAUGCAGCCUCAUUUCCCAAUGGACACAGACUCAAAAGAGAAGAUUCAAGAGGCUCCCUGAGCGCAGAUGUGGCCAGCAGCUCUCCCGAGCAGAGCAGCAUAGCUGACAAUACAAGAAGUUCUACGCGAAGUAGUAUAUCCCAGUACAACAGGCUGGACCAGUAUGAAAUUAAAAGCCUCCUGAUGUGCUAUCUGUACAUUAUCAAAAUGAUUUCUGAAGAUACUCUCCUAACUUAUUGGAACAAAGUGUCUCCUCAGGAGCUCCUCAAUAUUCUAGUACUUCUCGAAGUGUGCUUGUUUCACUUCAGAUACACAGGGAAAAGAAACAUAGCAAGAGUACAUGAUGCCUGGUUAUCCAAACACUUUGGAAUAGACAGAAAGUCCCAGACCAUGCCAGCCCUUCGUAACCGGGCAGGGGUGAUGCAGGCCCGGCUUCAGCAUCUAAGUAGCCUGGAAAGCUCAUUCACACUUAAUCACAGCUCUGGAACAUCUGAAGCAGACAUUUUCCACCAGGCACUCCUUGAAGGCAACACAGCCACUGAGGUUUCCCUCACAGUGCUGGAUACCAUCUCCUUUUUCACACAAUGCUUCAAGAAUCAACUCUUAAACAAUGAUGGCCACAACCCAUUAAUGAAAAAAGUCUUUGAUAUUCAUCUUGCCUUUUUGAAAAAUGGACAAUCAGAAGCAUCCCUUAAGCACGUGUUUGCCUCCCUGAGGGCUUUUAUUAGCAAGUUUCCUUCAGCCUUUUUCAAAGGCCGCGUCAACAUGUGUGCUGCAUUUUGCUAUGAGGUCCUCAAGUGCUGUACCUCCAAGAUCAGCUCCACGAGGAAUGAGGCCUCUGCACUGCUGUACCUGCUGAUGCGAAGCAACUUUGAGUUCACCAAGCGGAGGACCUUCUUGAGAACACACUUACAGAUAAUAAUUGCAGUAAGCCAGCUGAUAGCAGAUGUGGCACUGAGUGGAGGAUCAAGAUUUCAGGAAUCUUUAUUCAUUGUUAAUAACUUUGCAAACAGUGACAGACCAAUGAAGGCAACUGCUUUUCCCACAGAAGUGAAAGAUCUGACCAAGAGAAUCCGCACAGUUCUUAUGGCCACAGCUCAGAUGAAGGAGCAUGAGAAAGACCCAGAGAUGCUGAUUGAUCUCCAGUAUAGCUUAGCCAAAUCUUAUGCAAGUACUCCAGAGCUUCGGAAAACCUGGCUUGACAGCAUGGCCAAGAUCCAUAUCAAGAAUGGCGAUUUUUCUGAGGCUGCAAUGUGUUAUGUCCAUGUAGCAGCUCUGGUGGCAGAGUUUCUUCACCGAAAAAAGUUGUUCUCCAGUGGAUGCUCAGCAUUCAAGAAAAUCACUCCCAACAUCGAUGAGGAAGCAGCAAUGAAAGAAGAUGCAGGAAUGAUGGAUGUCCAUUACAGUGAGGAAGUUUUGUUGGAGCUCUUAGAACAGUGUGUAGAUGGCUUGUGGAAAGCAGAACGUUAUGAAGUAAUCUCUGAGAUUUCCAAAUUGAUUAUUCCAAUUUAUGAGAAACGGCGGGAAUUUGAGAAACUUACUCAAGUUUAUCGAACCCUGCAUGGAGCAUAUACCAAAAUUCUGGAGGUCAUGCACACAAGGAAAAGGCUUUUAGGCACUUUCUUCAGAGUGGCCUUUUAUGGACAAGCUUUCUUUGAAGAAGAAGAUGGAAAGGAAUACAUCUACAAAGAGCCAAAGCUCACAGGCCUAUCAGAAAUCUCCUUGAGACUCAUUAAACUUUAUGGUGAAAAAUUUGGUACAGACAACGUCAAAAUAAUCCAAGAUUCCGACAAGGUAAACAUCAAAGAUCUUGAUCCAAAGUAUGCUCACAUCCAAGUCACUUAUGUGAAGCCCUACUUUGAAGACAAAGAGCUGUCUGAAAGAAAGACGGAGUUUGAAAACAAUCAUAACAUUACCAGAUUUGUUUUUGAGGCCCCUUAUACUUUAUCUGGCAAAAAGCAAGGCUCUGUGGAGGAGCAGUGCAAACGGCGGACCAUUCUGACCACAUCAAACUCGUUCCCAUAUGUUAAGAAGAGGAUCCCUAUCAAUCAUGAACAACAAAUUAACUUAAAACCCAUCGAUGUUGCCACUGAUGAAAUAAAAGAGAAAACAGCUGAGCUGCAAAAACUCUGUUCUUGUGCUGAUGUGGACAUGAUUCAGCUGCAACUCAAGUUACAAGGCUGCGUUUCUGUCCAGGUAAAUGCUGGCCCCUUGGCGUAUGCCAGGGCUUUCUUAAGUGACAGUCAGGCCACCAAGUAUCCCACAAAGAAAGUGAAUGAACUGAAAGACAUGUUUAGGAAAUUCAUACAAGCCUGCAGCAUUGCUCUUGAACUCAAUGAACGACUUAUUAAAGAAGAUCAAAUCGAGUACCAUGAAGGACUCAAGUCAAAUUUCCGAGACAUGGUCAAAGACUUAUCUGACAUUAUCCACGAGCAGAUGUUUCAAGAAGACACAAUGCAUUCUCCCUGGAUGAACAACACGUUACAUGUAUUCUGUGCAAUCAGUGGGACAUCAGGAGAUGGAGGAUAUGGUUCCCCAAGAUAUACGGCAGAAGUAUGAAGAAUGACGGAUGCAACAUUCACCUAGACUGCCCUUUCCCAGGCAUUUUUGGAACUGUGCAGAUGUUAGAGGGAAGGCUUGAUAUCCGUGAAGUAUUUCUUAUUACCACCAACAACCAACACUGUCAAGCUCUCAAACAGGGUGCUUACUUAUUUGCAAUAUUUAAGAAAUGUGGAAGUGCCUGGAUAAUGCACCACUGUGCUUGUUUUGUAUUUUUUUUUAGUUAAAGCCUUGUACUAGAAAGCAGAGCUCAAACAAAUGAAUUCAGUUUGCUCACUUAUGGCUCAAAAUUGUAAUGGUAUGUAAAGCUGUACAAUGGGAUAUAAUAAAAGGCAAAACAUUUGUAAUCGGAAGGAAAGAAAA